CUGGAAAUUGUGGAGCAUUGACUUCCCAAGUCGCUAUAAAUCACCAUUUCUUCCUCCUCCUUCCUCAACUCAUCUUUUCUCCACUCUCUUUCUCUGUCUCUGCCUGAUUCGUUGUUGGAUCUCGCUUUUCUCUUCCAAAACCUACUCCUCACGCCAUGGGAUACUGGAGGGAAGCCACCGGCAUCAAAGGACCCAGCGGAUUCGGAUCCGGCUCCACCGCCGAGCAGGUCACCGAAGGCAUCGACGCAUCCGGUCUCACCGUCAUCAUCACCGGUGCAAGUAGUGGUAUUGGAGCUGAGACUGCGAGAGUGUUGGCCCUCAGGGGAGCCCAUGUCAUCAUUGGUGCCAGGAACUUGGAAGCUGCCAACAAUGUGAAGCAAAGCAUUCUAGAGAGCAUCCCAUCUGCUAGAGUUGACAUCAUACAGAUUGAUGUUAGCUCACUCAAGUCUGUUAGAGCCUUCGCCAACAAAUUCCUUGCGAUGAAUCUUCCUCUCAACAUUUUGAUUAAUAACGCUGGUGUUAUGUAUUGCCCAUUCCAACUUUCUGAGGAUGGUGUGGAGUUGCAGUUUGCUACUAAUCAUCUCGGUCACUUUUUGUUGACAAAUCUUCUACUUGAGAAAAUGAAAACCACAGCAGCAAAGACAGGAAUUGAGGGCCGCAUUGUGAAUCUAUCAUCAAUAGCUCAUAUUGGACCUUAUAGAGAAGGAAUAAAGUUUGACAAACUGAAUGACCCGACUGUAUACAAUGAUAAAUCGGCAUAUGGGCAGUCCAAAUUGGCUAACAUCUUACACUCCAAUGAGCUCGCACGAAGAUUGAAGGCUGAGGGUGCAAACGUCACAGCAAAUUCUGUUCAUCCUGGUCUGGUUAGGACAAACUUGGGAAGACAUUCUCCCAUCUUCAUGGCGGUGUUGAAAACUGUCAUGUACAUCUUGUGGAAGAACAUACCUCAGGGAACUGCAACAUCAUGUUAUGUGGCAGUGCAUCCAAGCUUGAAGGGUGUGAGCGGGAAGUACUUUGCUGAUUCCAACGAGGAGAAGACAACUGACAUGGCCAGAGAUGCAGCAUUGGCUAAGAAGCUUUGGGACUUCAGUGAAGAACUUGUUAAUUCAAAAUAAGAAAGAGGGUUAUUAUUGUAUGCUUUCUAUGUUUUAUGCUAGUCUUAGCACUUGUUGCUAUCUUGGGUGUCUCUAGACCAUACUGUUACAGUUUGGGAUAAAGCUGGUACUGCUUCAUUUUAAGCAUAUAUGAAAUAAGUUAGCCAUAUUGUUUGAUACUA